UGUACAUCCCCACUCGCUGCUGUAAGAUGGAGAAGUUAUGUUGAGGCGCAACCGAGGUUUUGCACAUGAAAAAUGCCGUUAAGUUGGAAUUGCCAAAUCAUAUACCGAUCAGACUGUAGAAAUUAGUGAUCAUGAAGGUUGACAGAAGCAAAUUGAAGAAAACCCCCACUGAAGCGCCUGCCGACUGCAGGACUCUCAUAGAGAAGUUAAAGGGAUGCAGCGAUGAACAGCUGUUACUGGAACUGCAGCAAAUCAAGACCUGGAACAUUGGAAAGUGUGAGUUGUAUCACUGGGUUGACCUGCUGGACCGCUUUGAUGGCAUCCUCUGUGAUGCCGGACAGACGGUGGAGAACAUGGCGUGGUUGUUGGUUUGUGACCGGCCAGAGAACGGACAGCUAAAAGCCUUAUUGCUGGCAGUCCUCAACUUCACCGCGCUGUUGAUCGAAUACAGCUUUUCUAGACACCUGUACAGCUCCAUAGAGCACUUGACCACUCUUCUAGCAUCAUGUGACAUGCAGGUGGUUCUGUCUGUGUUGAAUCUUCUGUACGUGUUCAGUAAACGUUCCAACUACAUUACCAGACUGGGCUCAGAUAAAAGAAGCCCAUUGCUUGCCCGUCUGCAACAUCUGGCUGAGAGCUGGGGUGGAAAAGAGAAUGGCUUUGGUCUUGCCGAAUGCUGCAGAGAUCUGCCGAUGUCGAAAUAUCCACCAAGUGCCACAACACUGCACUUUGAGUUUUACGCAGAACCUGGCUCUGAGGUCAAAGUGGAGAAGAGGGUGUGUGAUCAUAUUUCUAUUAUUUCAAGCACCAAUACGCUACACUACAUUCAUAUUGAACAACUUGACAAGAUUUCAGAGAGUCCAUCUGAGAUCAUGGAGUCUUUGACGGCCAUGUACAGCAUCCCAAAAGACAAACAAAUCUUGCUUUUCACACACAUUCGCCUGGCGCAUGGUUUCUCCAACCACAAGAGAAGACUGCAGGCGGUGCAAGCCAGACUGCAUGCCAUCUCCAUACUCGUUUACUCCAAUGCCCUUCAGGAGUCAGCUAACAGCAUUCUCUACAAUGGGCUUAUAGAAGAGCUAGUGGAUGUACUUCAGAUUACAGACAAACAACUGGUGGACAUCAAAGCUGCCUCCUUGCGCACUUUGACCUCUAUAGUUCACCUGGAGCGGACCCCCAAACUCUCCAACAUUAUCGAUUGCACUGGCACUGCCUCUUACCAUGGAUUUUUGCCUGUGCUCGUCCGCAACUGCAUACAGGCUAUGAUUGACCCACUGAUGGACCCGUACCCACACCAAUUUGCCACAGCCCUCUUUUCCUUCCUUUACCACCUAGCCAGCUAUGAUGCAGGUGGUGAGGCCUUAGUAUCUUGUGGUAUGAUGGAGGCAUUGCUAAAGGUGAUCAAGUUCCUUGGGGACGAGCAGGACCAGAUUACAUUUGUGACACGGGCAGUGAGAGUUGUGGAUCUCAUCACAAAUUUAGACAUGGCUGCUUUUCAAUCCCAUGGUGGCCUCUCAAUCUUUAUCUCCAGGCUAGAGCAUGAGGUUGACCUCUCCAGGAAAGAGUGCCCUUUUGUAAUCAAACCAAAGAUACAGAGGCCCAGCACAGCUACUGAGACCGAGGACAUGGACACUGAUAUGGAUGUGUCAGAGGUUGCAAUGGAGAGCAGUCCUGGCCCUUCAACUUCCUCUGGUUCCAGAUCUGAGACAGACUCCCGAACACAGAGCAAUACACCCAACACCCCCAGAACAGGAGUGCAGUGCAUCCCUCAGAGGGCCGCUCUGUUAAAAUCUAUGUUGAACUUCUUGAAAAAAGCCAUUCAGGACCCUGCGUUCUCUGACGGCAUUCGUCAUGUAAUGGAUGGGUCCCUGCCUACCUCUCUAAAACACAUUAUCAGUAAUGCAGAGUAUUAUGGACCUUCACUGUUUCUCCUGGCGACAGAAGUGGUUACCGUGUUUGUGUUCCAAGAGCCCUCUCUACUAUCUUCUCUGCAGGACAAUGGUCUCACUGAUGUCAUGCUACAUGCACUGCUCAUCAAAGAUGUUCCUGCCACUCGAGAGGUGCUGGGUUCCUUACCCAAUGUCUUCAGCGCCCUGUGUCUAAAUGCCCGGGGUCUGCACUCUUUUGUGCAGUGUCAGCCCUUCGAGCGGCUCUUCAAGGUGCUGCUCUCGCCAGACUACCUACCUGCCAUGCGCCGCCGACGCAGCUCUGACCCGCUAGGAGACACUGCCUCUAACUUGGGCAGUGCUGUUGACGAGUUGAUGCGGCACCAGCCCACACUGAAAACUGACGCGACGACAGCCAUUAUCAAGUUGCUUGAGGAGAUUUGCAACUUGGGUAGAUCGCCGGAGUACAUCUGUCAGAAACCAUCUAUACAGAAAGCGGACGGUACCGUCGCUGUGCCUCCAGCUCGCUCAAACCACGCUGCAGAGGAGGCAUCCAGUGAGGAUGAGGAGGAGGAAGAGGCUCUACAUACCUUUAGUCAACAGCAGGGGGAGCCAGAAAGCAACAGGCAGUUAGUACAAAACAGCAUCAAUCUUAAAGAUCUAGUGGUGGGCACAGAGGAGCGGAUCCCCAUCCCUCUUAUGGAUUACAUCCUUAAUGUGAUGAAAUUUGUGGAGUCCAUUCUCAGUAAUAACACCACAGAUGACCACUGUCAGGAGUUUGUAAAUCAGAAGGGCCUCCUACCACUAGUGUCAAUACUUGGGCUGCCCAACCUGCCCAUAGACUUUCCCACCUCUGCUGCCUGCCAAGCUGUGGCAGGAGUCUGCAAAUCUAUACUGACUUUGUCCCAUGAACCGAAGGUUCUCCAGGAGGGUUUGUGUCAGUUAGACAGCAUACUUUCUGCUCUUGAGCCCCUUCAUCGGCCCAUCGAGGUGCCUGGUGGAUCCGUGCUGCUCCGAGAGCUGGCCAAUGCAGGCCACGUCACGGAUGCCACGCUGUCGGCACAUGCCACUCCGCUGCUGCAUGCCCUGACGGCGGCACACGCGUACAUCCUCAUGUUUGUUCAUACCUGCCGAGUUGGACAGAGUGAGAUCCGUGCUAUCUCCGUGAACCAGUGGGGGUCUCAGCUGGGUCUUAGUGUUCUGAACAAACUCAGUCAGCUCUACUGCUCUCUAGUGUGGGAAAGCACAGUGCUGCUGUCCCUCUGUACACCAAACAGUUUGCCUCCUGGCUGUGAGUUUGGUCAGGCUGACAUGCAGAAACUUGUGCCCAAAGAAGAUAAACCCUCAAGCAGCACGACAGCAGCUGCUGGUAGAAGAACUGCUGAGACCGAGACCCUAUCUGUGGGGGUAGACCCCUCUUCCCAAGGUUUGCUAGAAGGAAUGGGGCUGGAUGGAGACUCGCUCGCUCCCAUGGAAACUGAUGAACCCACCACCACCGACCCGAAGGCCAAGUCUAAACUCACACCUGCCAUGGCAACACGCAUCAAGCAAAUCAAACCUCUGCUCUCUGCCUCCUCUCGUUUGGGCAGGGCUCUGGCUGAGUUGUUUGGGCUACUGGUGAAGCUUUGCGUAGGCUCACCUGUGCGUCAGCGGCGGUCUCACCACACCACCAGCACAGGCACCGCCCCAACACCGGCGGCUCGGGCCACUGCUUCCUCUCUUACCAAACUCCUCACCAAGGGCUUGAGCUGGCAGCCACCUCCAUACACGCCCACACCACGCUUCAGGCUGACGUUUUUCAUCUGCUCUGUUGGCUUCACCUCACCCAUGUUAUUUGAUGAGAGGAAGUAUCCAUACCAUCUGAUGCUGCAGAAGUUCUUCUGUUCUGGUGGCCAUGAUGCUUUGUUUGAGACAUUUAACUGGGCCCUGUCAAUGGGAGGAAAAGUUCCUGUGUCAGAGGGUCUGGAACACACCGAGCUGCCUGACGGGACAGGGGAGUUCUUAGAUGCCUGGUUGAUGCUUGUGGAGAAGAUGGUGAACCCCAGCACAGUGCUGGACUCGCCACAUUCUCUUCCUGCUAAAGUGCCUGGAGCAACACUCAACACACCACAGUUCAGCGCCUUGCGCUUCCUCAUCGUCACUCAGAAGGCUGCAUUCAGUUGUAUUCGUAAUCUCUGGAAUCGUAAGCCCUUGAAGGUCUAUGGUGGGCGCAUGGCCGAGUCUAUGCUGGCCAUUCUGUGCCACAUUCUGCGAGGAGAACCCAUCAUCCAAGAACGGCUAUCCAAAGAGAGAGAGGGCACCGCUCGGCCUGACGAGGAGAGCAGCUCCUCCACCUCAGCCACUGCAGGAGCUAGUGCGCCAACACCUGCAGCGGGAGUCGUUGCAGAAGGAGUGUCUGGAAGUGCUAAUGGGAACACCACUGCAGGCACUUCAGAGGAUGGGACCAACUCAACAACCCGCAGAGAGCCACAAGUCAACCAGGCCCAGCUCACUCAGCUAAUAGACAUGGGCUUCUCCAGAGAACAUGCGUUGGAAGCUCUUCUGAACACCAGCACUAUGGAACAGGCCACGGAGUACCUUCUCACACACCCUCCACCACUGCUCAGCGCAGCUGUCAGAGAGUUCACCAUGUCUGAAGAAGACCAGAUGAUGCGGGCCAUUGCCAUGUCUCUAGGUCAAGAAGUUAGUAUGGAGCAGCGCUCAGACUCACCUGAGGAAGCAGCUCGCCGACGUGAGGAGGAAGAGAGGAGAUCAAGGGAGCGAGUGGAAGAGGAAGAGGCUCGCUGUCUGGAGCGCUUUCUGGAAGCUGAGCCUUUGGACACCACAGAGCUCCAUACGUUCACAGACGCCAUGCUACCUGGCUGCUUUCACCUUCUGGACGAGCUGCCAGACACAGUCUAUCGGCUCUGUGACCUUCUCAUGACGGCCGUUAAAAGAAACGGGCCUGAAUACAGAGACCUCAUCCUCAGACAAGUGGUCAACCAGGUGUGGGAAGCUGCCGACGUGCUAAUAAAGGCUGCUGUGCCGCUUACAACCAGUGACACAAAGACUGUGUCUGAGUGGACGAGACAGAUGGCAACCCUCCCUCAGGCCUCCAACCUGGCCACCCGCAUCCUCCUUCUCACGCUUCUCUUUGAGGAGCUAAAACUGUCAUGCGCGCUGGUGGUGGAGAGCAGCGGCGUAUUGGCUGUGCUGAUUAAGCUGUUGGAGGUGGUACAGCCCUGUCUACAGGCUGCCAAAGAGCAGAAGGACAUCCAGACACCCAAAUGGAUCACCCCUGUGCUCCUGCUUAUUGACUUCUAUGAGAAAAUGGCAGUUUCUUCCAAACGAAGAGCCCAGAUGAACAAGUACCUGCAGCCCAAUGGAAAUAACUGGCGUUGGUUUGAUGACCGUUCGGGGCGCUGGUGCAGCUAUAGCGCCAGUAAUAACAGCACUAUAGACUCAGCCUGGAGGGCAGGAGAGACCAGUGUCCGUUUCACGGCUGGACGUAGGAGAUACACUGUCCAGUUUAACACGAUGGUGCAGGUGAAUGAGGAGACUGGAAACAGGCGCCCAGUAAUGUUAACAGUACAGAGGGUGCCGCGGAUGCCAAAACCUUCUAAAACUGGAAGUGCUACUGAUACAGAGAGAGAGGAAGGAGAACAGAGAACCAAGACUGAGGAGACUCCGUUAGAAACCGAUUCCACAUCUGUGGCUGUGGAGAUGGCUCCCCCUAAAGAGGAGUUGGAGCAGAAAGAUACAAGCACGGCAACUCCUGCCCCUGUUCAGGAACCCUCUGUCUCCAGCGGUAUUGUGGUGCAGGGGCUGACUGAGGACAUGGUUACCGUUCUGAUCCGCGCCUGCGUCAGCAUGAUCAGCGUUCCCGUAGACCCGGACACUCUGCAUGCCACUUUGCGGCUUUGUCUGCGUCUCACGCGCACACAUCACUAUGCCAUGAUGUUUGCUGAGCUCAAGAGCACACGCAUGAUUUUGAACCUCACACAGAGUUCCGGAUUCAAUGGCUUUACACCACUGGUUACGCUGCUUUUCCGCCACAUCAUAGAAGACCCAGCCACCCUACGGCACACCAUGGAGAAGGUGGUUCGGUCUGCUGUCACCAGUGGAGCAGGAAGCACUACUUCAGGCGUGGUAUCGGGUAGUUUGGGGUCGAGGGAGAUCAACUACAUCUUGCGUGUCCUUGGCCCAGCAGCUUGCCGCAACCCAGAGUGCUUUACAGAAACUGCAAAGAGUUGCAUCCGAAUUGCUCUUCCAGCCCCAAGAGGUGCUGGGACUGCCUCGGAUGAUGAGUUUGAGAACUUCAGAAUUAAGGGUCCAAAUGCUGUCCAGCUAGUCAAGACCACGCCCUUAAAGUUGUCCCCCCUGCCAACAAUACCAGAAACCAUUAAAGAGGUCAUCUAUGAUAUGCUGAAUGCCUUAGCAGCAUAUCACGCACCAGAGGAAGCAGAGAGAGGAGAGGAGCGGGCUGCAGCAGUACCGGGCGGUCAAGACCUGUGUCAGAUCUUGCAGGAUGUUGGUGAUGAUGUCUACCAGCAGUACAGACUCACCAGACAGGGCAGUGACUUUGACUCGCAGUCGGCCUUUCACAUAAAUACGCAGGUGUUUGCUGCAGAUGGUGCUGUUGCAGAAUCCUCCCAGUCUGGAACUCCUCAAGGAGAAGCCUCCACACCUGAGGAAAUGAGGGAAGAGAAAAAGGAGCAGGAGGGAGAUAAGAGUGCUGCUUCAGAGGAGAGUCGAGCUGCUAAAGCCAAGGCCAGCAAGCCGCUGAUGCCCACCUCUACCAUCUUGAGACUGCUGGCAGAGCUGGUACGCUCCUAUGUUGGCAUUGCGACACUCAUCACCUCCUACAACUACACGGCUGGCCAGUCUGAGCUCAUUAAAGAGGAUUGCAGUGUGCUUGCAUUCGUUUUGGAUCACUUGCUCCCACACACCCAGAACUCUGAGGACAAGGACACUCCCGCACUUGCACGUCUGUUUUUGGCCAGCCUUGCUGCAGCUGGCACCGGUACCGAUGCCCAGGCUGCCCUGGUCAAUGAGGUUAAAGCUGCUCUGAGUCGGGCACUGGGCAUGGCAGAGGGCACAGAGAAACACGCCCGAUUGCAAGCAGUGAUGUGCAUCAUCAGCACCAUUAUGGAGUCAUGUCCUUCGACUUCUAGUUUCUACAGCACAGCCACAGCUAAGACCCAGCACAACGGCAUGAACAACAUAAUCCGCCUCUUCCUCAAGAAAGGCCUUGUCAAUGAUCUUGCCCGUGUGCCUCACAGCCUGGAUCUAUCUAGCCCCAACAUGGCCAACACAGUAAAUGCUGCUCUUAAGCCUUUGGAAACACUGUCUCGAAUCGUAAACCAACCCAGCAGUCUGUUUGGAGGCAAAGGAGGAACCAGCAAGAACAAGACAGAACAUGACACUGUUGGCACAGUCAGGGACAGUAACAGCAACAACCAGGAUCAAGGAGAGGUGGGUGAGGUAGAGCCGGUGGAAAAUCGUGACCGUGGUCAAGCCACAGAUGGCGACCUAAUGGAUGGAGAAGCCGAAGGAGACACCGUGGUCAUCGCUGGACAGCCUGAGGUUCUGAGCACUCAGGCCAUGCAGGUGGAGAAUGAGUUGGUGGAUUUAAUCGAUGAACUUUUAGAGAGGGAUGCAGGAACUGUCAAUAGCACUAUCAUCGUGGGGCGUUCUGGAGAAGAUGAAUCUCAAGAGGAUGUGCUGAUGGACGAAGCUCCUUCCAAUAUGAGUCAAGCCUCCACUCUGCAGGCGAACAGAGAGGACUCCAUGAACAUCCUAGAGCCAGAGGAUGAAGAGCACACACAAGAGGAAGACUCCAGUGGCAGCAAUGAGGAUGAAGACAGUCAGGAUGAGGAGGAAGAGGAGGAGGAAGAAGAGGAGGAAGAUCAGGAUGAUGAAGAGGGAGAUGAGGAUGAUGACGAUGAAGGCUCAGAGAUGGAGCUGGAUGAAGAUUUUCCUGAUAUUAAUGCAGCUCCACACAUCCGUUUUGAGAGAUUCGACCGGGAUGAUGACCUUAUCAUAGAAUUCGAUAACAUGUUCUCGACGUCAGCUGACAUCCCUCCCUCACCAGGAAAUAUCCCCAGUUCUCAUCCUUUGAUGGUGCGGCAUGCUGACCAUGGCUCUCUGACUCUAGGAGGGUCGAGCACCAGCAGCAGAUUGGCUCAAGGCAUGGGACGCAGCCAACGCUCUCUCCGCCAGCUCACAGCAAACACGGGACACACCAUCCACGUGCAUUACCCUGGAAAUCGCCAGCCCAACCCUCCGCUCAUUCUGCAGAGAUUAUUGGGCCCCAGUGCUGCUGCUGAUAUCCUUCAGCUAUCUAGCUCUCUGCCCCUGCAGUCCCGUGGACGAGCCCGUCUCCUUGUGGGCAACGAGGACGUGCACAUUAUCGCCCGUUCAGAUGACGAGCUACUGGACGACUUCUUUCACGAGCAGAGCAGCACUGGAGGACAGGCUGGCACCCUUUCCAGUAUACCGACAGCUUUAACCAGAUGGACGGAUGAGUGUAAAGUUCUGGAUGCUGAGAGCAUGCAUGACUGUGUGGCAGUGGUGAAGGUGCCCAUCCUGCAGCACUUGGAGAGUUUGCGUGACGAGGAGCUAGAAGAGCGCAGAGAGAAGAGGAGGAGACAGUUGGCAGAAGAAGAAGAGACGGCCAAACAGAAUGAGAGUUCUUCAGCAGGCGAGGAGACCCGGGAACAAAGUCUGCAGGGCUCUGGGAUUGGAGCAGUCAACGGUGCUGGUGAAAACGCAGCAGAAGGAGAACAAGCCCAAAGUGUGGUGUCUUCCUGUCUGGACCCUCCUCGCACCUCGGAGGGUUUCCUCACAGCACCCCCCUCAGGAGAAGUCACCCCAACCACCCCUGCACCUCACGAGCAAGCUCUUGUGUCACUGGAGACAGCCAUCAGUCAGCAGGUGCACCAGCCAAUCACAGAGCUGCUGCUGGCUGACUCCAUUCCUGAUUCUCACGGGGCCUUGUUAGGGACGGGACUUUCCCAGCCCUCUAUACCCGAUAGGCCGAAUUGUGAGGCAGAAGCAUCUCAGAUGGAGAUGUCACCUGCACCCACUAUUGGUGAGCGAGCAGGAGGAGGAGCAUUGGAUGCAGUCAGGGAAGCUUCACUCAGUCCAGAUAUAGCUGAGAGCUCGGAGCCUGUGCCAGUGGGCGUGUCUCAGCUUGAGGGUUCGCCCAUGGAUACGAGUAGUCCCGCCUCAGGAACGCAGGAAGAGCCGGCCAACAGCUCAGCUCCACCCAAUCACAUGUCUCAGGAAUUGUCAGGAAGUGGUGACAGUGGGCUCACAGAUAGGCAGACGGAUGCAGACACAGGGUCAACUUCUGUUUCUUCUCCUGGUGAGACCAUGCCUCGAAGUGACAGUGCAGAUAGCCAAUCGCAGGCCAUCCAAGAGGAGCCCCUCCCAUCCACCAGCAAUGAUGAGGUUGACCCUCUGGCAGGCAUCAGUCUUCCAGAAGGUGUGGACCCUUCCUUCUUGGCUGCACUGCCUGAGGACAUCCGUCGGGAGGUACUGCAGAACCAGCUUGGAAUCAGACCCCCUUCUCGUCCGCCUGUGGCCUCCACACUCCCAACCUCAUCUGCCUCUGUGCUGACUGCAGGGGCAGGGUUGACAGAGGUCAGCCCAGAAUUCCUGGCUGCUUUGCCACCUGCCAUUCAGGAGGAGGUUUUGGCCCAGCAGCGAGCAGAGCAGCAGCGUCGUGAGUUAUCCCAGCAGCCCUCACAGGGCGAUCAACCUCUGGAUCCAGUCACGUUCAUCCAGACCCUUCCCUCUGAGCUGCGACGCUCUGUGCUGGAGGACAUGGAGGACAGCGUGUUAGCGGUUAUGCCUCCGGACAUCGCAGCAGAGGCUGCAGCGCUGCGCAGGGAACAGGAAGCCAGGCAGAGACAACUGAUGCAUGAGAGGUUGUUCGGUCACAGUUCCUCUUCAGCCCUGUCCGCCAUUCUACGAUCACCCGCCUUCACUAGCCGACUGGGUGGCAACCGUGGGGUACAGUACACCCGACUGGCUGUGCAAAGAGGAGGGACGUUUCAAAUGGGAGGGAGUGCUAAUCACAGUCGCCCCUCUAGUUCUAAUGUCGAUUCACUUCUGCGCCUCCGGGGGCGUCUCUUGUUGGAUCACGAGGCCUUGUCCUGCUUACUAGUGCUGCUGUUUGUGGAUGAACCCAAGCUAAACACCAGCCGUCUCCACAGAGUGUUGCGUAACUUGUGCUACCACUCCCAGACUCGUGGCUGGGUUAUCCGCAGUCUCCUAUCCAUCCUGCAACGCAGCAGCGAAAGUGAGCUCUGCCUGGAGACGGCACGCCUGGAAGAGUCCCGUGGCAAGCGCUCGCUAGGACAGGGCUCUUCAAGUGGAGGAAAAGGCUCCUCUUCAUCUCCGCAGGGAGCUGUAGCAUCUUCAUCUUCAUCUCUGGAACUGUUAAACAGAGUGGAGUCACGUAGUUCCAGUCAGCUCUCCUGGCUUUCUGUAUCCAUGGACGCAGCUCUGGGAUGCAGGACCAACAUCUUUCAGAUCCAGCGAGCGUCAGGCAGAAAGCAUGCAGAGAGACAUUCAACAGGAGGUGGUGCUGUGGGCUCGGGAGGUCUUGGAGGUGGAGUUUCAGGAACCGGAGUGACCUGUUCUGGGGCAGGAGGAGGAUCGACGGUUCACAUCCACCCACAGGCAGCUCCAGUCGUCUGUCGACAUGUGCUGGAUACACUUAUUCAACUAGCCAAGGUGUUCCCCAGUCAUUUCACUCAGCAGCGCUGUAAGGAUUCACUGUCCUCUUCAUCAUCUGACUUGGACUCUCGUCUUUGCGGCACCUCGACACCAACUUCGAGUGGAAGCUGGCGGUCAGGUGGUCUCAGCCAGAGCAAUUCCUCAGCCACCCUAAGCAAUUCCUCUUCUUCCCACAAUUCCCUUAGCUCAUGCCCAGGCACACCACAGUCCCUGGGCAUCUCAACUGACUUCUGGGAUCUCCUGGUCAAGCUGGACAACAUGAAUGUGAGCCGUAAGGGCAAAGCCUCCAUGAAGACUGUACCUCUAGGGGGUGCUGGGGAGACAGAGGGGGCAUUGUUCAGCCUUGAGGCAUCUCCCUUGGGCCAGCUGAUGAACAUGCUGUCCCAUCCUGUGAUCCGUCGUAGCUCGCUCCUUACGGAGAAACUUCUCCGCUUGCUUUCUCUCAUCUCCAUCGCUCUGCCUGACAACAAGGCCACGGAGGUUCCAGCCAGCCACCCAGUGCCUCAGGCCCCAACUGCACCUGCCACACAAGCCGCAGCAGGGUCUGGAGCCAUCUCAACGACACCCGCUACAGGCUCCACGCAGAGCUCGAUAGUCCCAGUGGCCUCUCAACCUACGGUCACUACAGCAGCUGCUGUUGCAGGAAGCACCACCACAUCUAGCAGUAGUGCUGCAGGAAAACAGAAGCCAGCCGUGAACAUCACAGACAAUGACACCAAACUCGCUUCUGCUGGACUAACAGAGAAACAGCUGCAGCUCUCUGUAGAGGUGUUGACAUCCCAUUCAUGCUCAGAGGAAGGUCUAGAGGACGCGGCCAACAUCCUGCUGCAGCUGUCCAGAGGAGACGGACUUACCCGAGACACGGUCCUUAGACUGCUGCUUAGUGGGGCGCGACAUCUCGGAUACACUCUUUGCAAACAAAUCGGCACUUUACUGGCGGAGUUGAGGGAGUACAACCUAGAGCAGCAGAGAAGAGCACGUGCUGAUGCUCAAUCUCCUGAAGCUUCUCAUGAGGACCCAGGCAUCACCACACGGCUCAAGGGCAAGAUGACCAGCAGGUUUGAUGGGUCAGAGAGCGUGGUGAUUGUGGCCGCUCAAAAGCGGACACUAGGCGGCCGAGAGCUCCAGCUUCCCUGCAUGAGUUCGCUCACGUCCAAGACAUCCACGCAGAAGUUCUUCCUGCGUGUGCUGCAGGUCAUCAUCCAGCUUAGGGAAGACACGCGGCGCGCUAACAAGAAAGCCAAACAGACGGGAGGAAGACUGAGUUCGACCAGUCUUGGCUCGGCCAGCAGUAUCCAGGCUGCGGUCCGUCAGCUAGAGGCUGAGGCGGACGCCAUCAUUCAGAUGGUGAGAGAGGGGCAGCGGGCACGCCGGCUACAGCAGGCACCCCCGCCCUCUUCAUCUGCAUCCUCUUCCGCUGCUGCUGUAUCUGCCGUUGCAUCCGCUGCUGUGGCUGUGGCUGGAUCGUCCACCCCCAGUAUCUCUGCAACCAACAACCCCCCCGCUGGCACGGCCAGCGCAGCCACGUCGGAGGUGCAGUCUGUUGCUGAGACCCCAGCAGCCCAAAGGGACGAUUCGCCUAUGGAUGUUGACCAGCCCUCACCAUUAGAUCAGGACCAGGCAGCGUUAGGUGAAGAGAGCAGCAGUCAACAGGAACAGGAGGAGCGUUUGCCUGAACUGCCACUGUUGAGCGAGCAGCUCUUAUUGGAUGAACUGUGGGACAUGCUAGGGGAAUGUCUGAAAGAGCUCGAGGAGUCUCACGACCAGCAUGCGGUCUUGGUGCUGCAGCCAGCAGUGGAGGCUUUUUUCCUGGUUCACGCAACAGAGCGUGAAAGCAAACCUCCGGUUCGAGACACACGGGAGAGCCAGUUGUCACACAUCAAGGACGAGCCUCCCCCGCUGUCUCCGGCCCCUCUUACCCCCGCCACCCCCUCAUCCCUGGACCCUUUCUUUUCCAGAGAGCCCUCCUCAAUGCACAUUUCCUCCAACCUGCCUCCAGACACACAGAAGUUUCUGCGUUUUGCCGAGACCCACCGUACAGUGCUCAAUCAGAUCCUGCGUCAGUCCACCACACAUCUGGCAGAUGGACCAUUCGCUGUGCUGGUCGACUAUAUUCGCAUCUUAGAUUUUGAUGUGAAACGAAAGUAUUUCCGUCAGGAACUGGAGCGUUUGGAUGAGGGACUGAGGAAAGAGGAUAUGGCCGUUCAUGUAAGAAGAGACCACGUCUUUGAAGAUUCUUACAGAGAGCUGCACCGCAAGAGCCCAGAGGACAUGAAGAAUAGACUGUAUAUAGUAUUUGAAGGGGAGGAGGGUCAAGAUGCAGGCGGUCUGUUGAGGGAGUGGUACAUGAUCAUCUCCAGAGAGAUGUUCAACCCCAUGUACGCCCUUUUCCGCACCUCGCCCGGUGACCGGGUCACCUACACCAUCAAUCCUUCCUCUCACUGCAACCCCAACCACCUCAGCUACUUUAAGUUUGUGGGGCGUGUGGUGGCCAAGGCCGUCUAUGACAACAGGCUAUUAGAGUGUUACUUCACACGAAGCUUCUACAAGCACAUUCUGGGCAAGAGUGUCAGGUAUACAGACAUGGAAAGCGAGGACUAUCCUUUCUUCCAGGGUCUUGUUUACUUGUUGGAGAACGAUGUGUCCACUCUGGGCUACGAGCUGACAUUCAGCACAGAGGUCCAGGAGUUUGGCGUGUGUGAAGUGAGGGAUCUGAAGGCCAAUGGUGCAAACAUCAUCGUCACCGAGGAGAACAAGAAGGAAUAUGUACAUCUGGUCUGCCAGAUGAAAAUGACAGGUGCAAUUCGUAAGCAGCUGGCUGCCUUCCUGGAGGGCUUUUAUGAGAUCAUCCCCAAGAGACUGAUCUCAAUCUUUACUGAGCAGGAGUUGGAGCUCCUCAUUUCCGGUCUGCCCACCAUCGACAUCGACGACCUCAAGGCAAAUACAGAAUACCACAAAUACCAGUCCAGUUCUAUCCAGAUUCAGUGGUUCUGGCGUGCAUUACGGUCUUUUGACCAGGCUGACCGGGCCAAAUUCUUGCAGUUUGUUACGGGCACAUCCAAAGUGCCGCUGCAAGGCUUCGCUGCACUGGAAGGAAUGAACGGUAUCCAGAAGUUCCAGAUCCACCGAGACGACCGCUCCACUGACCGCCUGCCCUCCGCGCACACUUGCUUUAACCAGUUGGACCUCCCAGCCUAUGAGAGCUAUGAGAAGUUAAGACACAUGCUGCUGCUGGCCAUUCAGGAAUGUUCUGAAGGCUUCGGACUGGCCUAGAGAUUCUCCUAAUGUCCCUUCCACACGAACAGACGUAGACUUACAUGUUGUUAACUUAUGACACCCACAUGCAUAUUCACACUAUUCUAAUCCGCGUAAAACAAACAGUUGGACGGCUAAACGAGUGACAGAUUUAUUGACAUUGCCUACUACACACAGAGCCCUCCCACUGACACACCGAACUGUGUUUGGUAUACGUGUGUCUCAAUUCCAUAUUACAUUGCAGAGCCCGAAAGAGGAUCACAGAGGAUAUCUGUGGACUAAUAUAAAGAUUUUCUCCAUUUAGUUUGGUUUCUCUGUACAAAAGGUUUGGGAGUUUAUUAUGUUUAAUCUUUUUUGUUCUUCUUUGGCUGUUGAAAAAGGAGAGAUGGCUGUUUUGUGUGUGUAAAGAGGGUGGUUGUAACCCUCUGGGAUGGAGAAAAGUUGAUUGUCCUCUGUUGCUAAUGUGUGACCUCCACUAGCUUUGCAAACGGGAACUUGAAUUUCGGGGAGGGCAAGUCACGGACGAGGAAGGGAGGGAGAGAAAACAUGAAAUAAGGUUUUGGUGAACCUGCAAACGUGCAUGGAAUUUCAGAUGGGGGUCAUUUUUAGGCAACUUUUGUGGUAUUUUUGGAGCGGAUCACACAGAUUUGAAAAGUGAAGGACUGAGAGUCGCAGAGGCUCACACUUGUGCGGUUAUUGCCCAACUGCUGACGCAACCUCUCAGCAGCUAAUCAGAAAGUAAAUUGCUACGUAAAUAAAUGCAUAAAAUGAG